UACAUCUACUCGGAGAGGUGGUGAGGCUGAGGAGGAGAGAGGAGCUGCCGAGGAGAUUUAGAUUGUGACUGAGGAGGUGGAGGAGGAGAAGAGAGGAAGGUGACGGACAGAAGAAGGUAGAAAACAGGAGGUGAGAGAAGGAGUGAGACAAAGAGCUUUUAAAAGUUUGACUGAGGAGGAAAAAAGAGAGAUGGAGGAGUAGUGGCUCUUUGAGAGACAAACUGGAGGCGGAAGAGAAGAAGACAAAGAGAGCGUGAAGUUCAGAAAAAGAAAGAAGAAGAAAGGAGUAAGAAGAGAAUAGCAAUGUGACUGUGAAGGAGGUGAUUCAAAGGAGGAGAGAGGAAUCAGACAACAGAAGGAAGAGAAGAGAAAGGAGGAGUGAUCACAGAAGCCGUGUGAGGAGGAGAAAAGAAAGGACAGGUGAUGUGACUUUGGGGUAAAAACAAAGUGACCUGGGCAAAGAGGAAAAGAAAAAGAGGAGCAGCAGAGAGAGUUAACUGACACUUGAACUGUGUUUGAGGAGCAGAUCUAAUCUUGAUGAUGGGCUGCUGUCUGUUUGUUUACUAUCGGAAGAAGAGGAAGCAGGCAAGCAGAGAUGCAGACUCCCUCAGUCUCUGCAGUCUGGCCAUCAAUGAGCCCAGCACCAAGCGCAGUAAACUUGUAUCCAGGGUGACGUCUCUAGCCAGCCUGCUGCCGCCCGUCAAGACCGCACCGCUGAAGAGGAUUGGUCAGACGCUGCAGCGCUCCAUCAGUUUUCGCAAUGAUAGUCAGAUGGAGAGAGCCGCUCAUCCUCCUCCCUCCUCCUCCUCGUCGGUGAAGACGCGUGUUAUCUCAGCGACGGUCUCCAACCCUUCCUCCUCCAUGAGUGCGACACGGGUUUCCACUGCAGCUGCCCCAGUGGCCAAACGCCGUGACAGCAAGCUUUGGAGUGAGACGUUCGAUGUCCGACUGGGAGCGACGCAACCUCUGAGUCCAAAAGAGAUAAAACGACAAGAGGCUAUAUUUGAGUUGGCUCAGGGUGAGCAGGACUUGGUUGAGGAUCUCAAGUUGGCUAAGAAGGCCUACCAUGACCCGAUGCUGAAGCUGUCAAUUAUGACUGAGCAGGAGCUGAACCAGAUCUUCGGUACUCUGGACUCACUGAUACCCUUGCAUGAAGACCUGCUGAGUCGCCUCCGAGACGCCAGAAAACCUGAUGGAGCCACAGAACAUGUGGGACACAUCCUGACUGACUGGCUGCCCUGUCUCUCCUCCUACACUCCAUACUGCAGUAACCAGGUGAAGGCCAAGGACUUGUUGGACCAGAAGAAGCAGGAUCGGCGGGUACAGGAUUUCUUGCAGCGCUGUCUCCAGUCGCCUUUUAGCAGGAAGUUGGACUUGUGGAACUUCCUGGACAUCCCCCGUAGCCGACUGGUGAAGUACCCGCUGUUGCUCAGAGAGAUCGUAAAGCACACACCCAACGACCACCCGGACCGGCAGCACCUGGACGAAGCGAUGCUAAUGGUUCAGAGCGUGGUUGCAGACAUCAACAGGCGGACAGGGGAGUCAGAGUGUCAGUACUACAAGGACCGUCUGUUGUACACAGAGGACGGACAGAGGGACGAACUCAUUGACCGGUCCAGAACCCUCAGCUGCCACGGAGAACUGAAGAACAACAGAGGACUCAAGCUCCAUGUGUUUCUGUUCCAGGACGUCCUGGUCAUCACCAGGUCUGUCUCGCUCAAUGACCAGCCAGUCAGCUACCAGCUCUGCCGCCAGCCAAUCCCCAUCCGGCAGCUGGACCUUGAGGACCUAACAGAUGGAGAGAUGAGAGUGGGCGGGUCCAUCAGAGGAGCCUUUAGCAACAACGAGCGGACAAAGAACUUCUUCCGGGUUUCGUACCGCACUGGAGGUCCACUGCAGAGCCACUGCUUCCAGGCCAGCGACGCCUUCAACAAACAGCAAUGGAUCAACUGCAUCAGACAAGCCAAGGAAGCAGCAGCACUGACUGGAGACCAGCCACAGACAGGACAAUGUCUGGAGACAGGGCUGAGUGGCCAGAUAGGGCCGCUUGGUGUCACCCGUUUGAGUUUGCGUGAUGAUUCAGGCCCUGAAGAUGAAAAAAAGAUAUGGGUGGAGGCGGAAACAGGACUGGGUUUGGAAGGAGAGGUAGGUCAGAGGAGAGAGAAAGAUCUAAGUUUGGGUAAAGAGCCUUGGGUUGCUUUGACUGAAGAGACAAUGGGCGGUAGGGAAAUGGAGACAGGUUUGGGUGUGGAUGGUGAGAUGGGUUUGAAAUUAGAUGGAGAACAAGGGAUGGACGGUGAGAAGAGGCUGACCAUCAGUGAGACAGAGACAGGUGAGAUGGAGGCAGGGCAGAGGGUCAGUGGCGAAAUGGAGGCAGAGCCAGAAGCCACAGCAGAUUGCAAGAUGGAUGGAGGAGGAGGAGGAGAAGGAGAGACUCUUAGCAUAGGCACCAAUGAUGUUCCCAUCUCCCACCUCUCCUCUGAUUGUCCCUCUCGAGAGGAGGAGAAGGAGGUGAUGGAGGAGGAGCGGAGGGGCGCCGAAGAGGAGGGUGAGGUCGGCAUGGACACCAGUGAGAUUGACUCUCUGCAGUGCGAAGAGCUGACCCUCAGGUGCUGAUGCUAGGACCAAACAAAAAGAGCAUGACAUAGUGAGGGAAUGGCACCACAGCCAAUCAAAUCAAGGACUUGAUGAUGAUGUCACUGGCAGAAAAGUCAAAAGAAUAUCAAUGAUCGAUCAGACAAACUUGUCGAUACACAUUAACCAACAUCUCCUUCGGAUGAGACGUUAAACUGAGGUCCUGACUCACUGUGGUCAUUAAAGAUCCCAUGGCACUUGUCGCAAAGAGUAGGGGGUUCCCCAGUGUCAUGGCAAAAUUCCCAACCUGACUUUCACCAUCUGGCCUUCUAAUCAUCCCCAAUAGUAAUUGGCACAAUGUUUCCCUCCCUCUCCACCUCAAGCUGAUGUGUGGUGAGCGUUCUGGCGCUAAAUGGCUGCUGUGCAUCACCCAGGUGGGUGCUACACAUUGGUGGUGGUUGAGGUGAGUCCCCCCCACUUAACUGUGAAGGGAUUUGAGUUUCCAUGAUAAAGCGCUAUAUAAAUGUAAUGCAUUAUUAACAUGUUCCACAACGCUGUAACUGCUGUAUCCUGACUGCUGGUGACAGUGGUAACUACUUUGUUCUACAAUGCCACAGCAGACUAUGUUCAAAGAUGGUGCCUACCAGGCACAUAGUGCAGAAUUGUUUUCAAGGUUCCUCUGGCAGUAAUUUUUUUUGUUGGUCCUUUAGAGCAACUUCCAGCUGACUCCCCACACACGAAUGGUGCAAAACAUUAAUAUACUGAUACGGCUCUUUGAGACUUAUUUUUUUAUCUGACCAAUGGCUAAAAUUCUGAUAAUACAAAGAUUUAACUUGGACUGUUUGUGAUGCUCAGAAAAAUGUAUUUAUUGUUUUACUUCCUUGAAAUUAUAUAUGUUUAUGGGUAAAAGUAUUUUUGGUGUUGGUGCUGAUAACAAAGCCAGAGAAAAGGUGCAAUGUGCCAGGAAAAGGCAGGAAGAACAAUACUGCUAGCUGAUCUAAAUAUGGACACAAUAAUGCAGGUUUUAAAAUAACUUUAUAAAUGUUUUUAAGGAAGGAAAUGUAUUUAGCAAAUAUUUUUAGGCCUGCUUAAAAAACAUUUGAGUAGCAGUAAAGACACUUUAUGAACUUCUGCUUUUUGCUGGUUCAGGACAGUAAGAUUUUCUUUACACAGUUCUGUUGUAAACAUUAUCAGCAGCGUUCUCAGGUAAUACACACAAAAGGUCAUGACAUGGAGACCAAAUGAGCGAAUCACAGAAUUCAAGUCAAGUCAGUGGAAGACAAUAAAAUAGCUUUUUGCAUUUAAAACACUAUUACUAAAUGAUAAUCAAUCAUGCUUGCAGCUGCAACAACUACACACUACUAAAGCAAUUAUGAAAAUUAUGAAACUGAGCAUUGCAGAUGUCAAGUGUAGGGAAGUUCCUACCUCUGUUUUACAGAUUUGGAGCAGCAGUAAUCAUCUUCAUCUUGAAACUUGUAUCUACAAUUUUGGCAAUUUUCAUUCUGCCAGAUCAGCUGGAUUCUUUGCUCCUCAGAAAUUCUCCUUACUUGUUGUGUUUCUAAAACUCUCUAAUUAAUUAAAAUCAGUUAUAAUGUCUGAAAACACUGGAGACAAUAGAUCUGUACACCUAGUUCUGAUUAACAGAUUAAUAAUGAUUUGUGAAUUUAUCAACGUGAAUGUACAUUCAACAAGAAUUUGACAAAACCUGCAAGACACAUCCUCCUACAAAUAGGGUUCAUGUGUAAUGUGCAUUAGCAAAUACUGUUAAGAAUAUUGGUAAGAAUAUAGGACAUCAGGUGGACACAAACUCGACUCCAAUAGGUUAAGGAUACUCUGUGUCAGCUAACACAUCCGUGAUAACAGCUUAAUAUAGUGAGAUGGCGGUAGCUGUUUGAUGUUUCUCCAUCCUGUUUCCAAAAAUAGAUUCAUGCAGUGUUUACAAUGGUUGGCAUUUACACAGGAAUAAUGCUGAAAAGACAUAACAAAAGAUGUUGUCAGUGAACAUUUGGCAGACAUUUACUGUAUGAAGAAAGUUUCCCUCAAAACAUACUUUACAAAUCACAAAUAGUUGCGUAUGAAUGGAAUUCAUGGGAGAAACAGUUACUGAUAUUUUACUGUCAUUUUAACAUGUAAUCUACUUAAAGCAUGCCAAAUGCGUUAAAUGCAUGUUAAGUAAAUGUUUACUUUUUUUUACCAGCUAUCCCUAUAGUUUUGACACAAUAUCCUGUAAAACUGAAACAGCUUGCACCUGUUCUAGGUGUCACUACAAAGCUGCUGCAAGGUGAAAUGUUCAGUGUUGUCAUGGGAAUCAGAGAAGAGGAGCCUGUUGUGUAUGUACUGUAUGUAUGUAAAGAACGUAUAUAAUAAGUUUAUCUGUAUAUGAAUGUAGGAACAAGCCAAGCAUGUAUGUUUGUUAUAUAUGUGCAAUUGUCAAGACAAUCAGUUUGAUAUUAUAAAUAUAUAGUUUUGAUGCUGAAGUUUCUAAUGAUGAUGAUGAUGAUGAUGAUGAUUAUAAUGGAUUAAGGCUACCACAGUGUUAAGACUACCAGAUAGUCACCACAGUUAUUUGUCUCUUAAGAGUAAAUGCCCCAGACAAAACUUGUGCACACUGUCAAUAUUUUGUUGAGGUGUCAACUAAUGUGUGAAUUGUCACAAGACCAAAGCAUCAAUAAACUGUUAUUAAAGAAG